AGCCAGGUCAAACAGGUAACACACACUCACCUGCAGAGCCAGGUCAAACAGGUGCUGGGCUGGAUCUCAGAGGGGGAGGUCAUGCUGUCGUCCUGCAUGUUGAACUCCAGCUGUCUGUCUGAAGCCGAGCAGCUGCAGAGGGAGCAUGAGCGCCUCCAGCAAGCCAUAGAGGCUCUGCUCCACGCCGACUCCCUGCAGAGGACUCAUCAGGUGGCUCUGGCUCUGCAGCAGAGAGCAGAGCUGCUGGUCAGGUCAGGUCACUAUGAUCCAGAUGGAGUGAGGUCUUGUGCCCAGACGGUGGCGCUGCACUGGCAGACUCUAAUGCUGAGGAUUGAAGACAGACUCAAACUGGUGAACGCCUCCGCAGCCUUCUACAGGACAUCCCAGCAGGUGUGUGGGGUACUGGAGAGUCUGGAGCAGGAGUACCGCCGGGAGGAGGACUGGUGUGGAGGUGGAGAGAGACAACCGGAGCAGCUCAUGCCACUCAUCAACAAACACAUGGAGCAGAAGGAGGCGUUCCUGAAGGCCUGCACUCUGGCCAGACGAAAUGCUGAAGUUUUCCUCAAGUACAUCCACCGCAACAGCGUCACAAUGGCGAACAUCUCAGGCCACAGCGUCACCGUCUCCGGGGUAACUGGGAUGACCGAGGUCACGGGGCACUCCAGGGUACCAGAGCAACAAGUCAAAGGUAUCCUCAGUGAGUUGCUCCAGAGGGAAAACAGAGUUCUUCAUUUCUGGACUUUGAAGAAACGUAGACUGGAUCAGUGCCAGCAGUACCUGAUGUUCCAGAGCCACACCCAGCAGGCUCUGGAUUGGCUGCAGCAGUCAGGUGACCACUACCUGGCCACGCACACAUCGCCGGGCGCAUCGGCGUCUGAAACACAAGAACUGCUGAACCAACACAGAGAGUUUUGUGUGUCGGCCAAGCACACCCAGGAGAAGGUUCACCUGCUGAUCCAGCUGGCUGAGAGCAUGCUGGCUAAAGGCCACGCCCACCGCACUGAGCUUCGUCGCUGUGUUGCCACGGUGGAUAAACGAUACCGCGACUUCACUGUCAGGGUGGGACAGUACCGCCACCUGCUGGAGACGGCGCUGGGAGGCUGCUCACAGGACAAUAAGGACCUGGAGCUGGAGCUGAUCCCCAACAGUCUGUCUGACUCCGACCCCGAGGUCAACCUGUCCGACCCCAGCCAUCAGGUCAGCGACGAGAAGAGGCGCUCCGCCCGAAAGAAAGAGUACAUCAUGGCUGAGCUCCUUCAAACAGAGAGAGUCUACGUCAGAGACCUGCAGGAGUGUAUAGAGACGUACCUGUGGGAGAUGACGAGUGGCUCGGAGGACGUCCCACCUGGUCUCACCAACAAGGACGACAUCGUGUUCGGAAACAUCCAGGACAUCUACGAGUUCCACAACAGUAUUUUCCUGAAGGAGCUGGAAAACUACGAACAGCUUCCUGAGGACGUGGGGCACUGCUUCGUUACCUGGGCGGACAAGUUCCACAUGUACGUGACGUACUGCAGGAACAAACCCGACUCCAGCUUACUGAUCCAGCAGCACGGCGCCGGGUUCUUCGAGGAGGUCCAGAGGAGACAUGGUCUAACCAACUCCAUCUCCUCCGCUCUGAUCAAACCCGUUCAGAGGAUCACCAAGUACCAGCUGCUGCUCAAGGAGUUGCUAGCGUGCUGCGAGGAGGGGAAAGGGGAAAUAAAGGAAGGCUUGGACGUGAUGCUGAGCGUACCGAAGAGAGCGAACGAUGCUAUGCACGUUAGCAUGCUGGAAGGUCUGGAGGAGGGUCUGGAGGUGCAGGGCGAGCUCCUCCUGCAGGACUCCUUUCUGGUUUGGGAGCCAAAGUCUCUGAUCAGGAAGGGGCGGGACCGACACCUCUUCCUGUUCGAGCUGUCACUCAUCUUCAGCAAGGAAAUCAAAGACUCGUCCGGACGAACCAAAUACCUCUACAAGAGCAGACUGAGGACCUCAGAGCUCGGUGUGACGGAGCACAUAGAGGGGGAUCCCUGUAAGUUUGCUCUGUGGGUCGGACGAACGCCGACAUCCGACAACAAGACGGUCCUGAAGGCGUCAUCCUUGGAGCUGAAGCAGGAGUGGGUCCGCAGCAUUCGCCAGGUGAUCCAGGAGAGGCGUGGCCACCUGCGGGGGGCGCUGAGGGAGCCCAUCCCCCUCCCAAAGACACCAAACCCCACCCUGGGCCGACAGCGCAGCAUCAGCCGCAGGGAGACAAGCGAGGACGCAGACAGCCUGGGUGACGCCAGCAGCCAGCCCGACACCGUCUCCAUCGCCUCCCGAACAUCUCAGAACACAGCCGACAGCGACAAGCUGUCAGGAGGCUGUGAGUUAGUGGUGGUGUUGCUGGACUUCUCCUCCGGGGGACCAGGAGAGCUCAGCGUCCGCUGCGGUCAGACUGUGGAGCUGGUGGAGCGCUCGGCCGAACGGCCCGGGUGGUGCCUGGCCCGAACCACGGAGCAAACGCCCCAACAGGAGGGUUUAGUGCCGAUGAGCGCCCUCUGCCUGUCACACUCCCACAGUGCAGCCGACAUGGAGGGGCUCGUCCCGGCUUCCACCACCUCCUCCAGCACCACCUCUACGUGCACCACCACCGCCUCCUCCUCCUGCAACUCCUCCUCCACCACCACCACCUCCUCCAAUAACUCCAACUCCUCCUCCACGCUGAACGCUGGGAGAG